AUGAACCGCCCCGUUUCGGGUUCCCAUUGGAACUGGAAUGAUCCGAAGCUGACGUGGAAUCCCGCCAACUACGGGAAUCUGAACGUGGUCCGUUGGGAUCCUACGAUCGUGUGGAGACCGGACGUGGUGCUGUACAACAAUGCGGGUGGAUCGGAUCAGCAUCAUUACGGCGACACCAAUGCGCUGGUGUACAGUGAGGGAAAAGUGCUGUGGGUUCCCCCGACCGAGUACCAUGCGUUCUGUGAGCUAAACAUGCGCCUGUGGCCCUUCGAUUAUCAGAAAUGUUUCGUUAAGGUCGGAUCCUGGACUUUCGAUGGGUACAUGCUGAAUCUGACCAUUGGUAGUGAACCGGAGAUCGAGACACUGGUCAGUAACUCUGAGUGGAAAAUUGUCAAGGUAGGCGUGGAAAGAAACACCAAAUACUACCCAUGCUGUACGGAACCGUACGUCGACAUUACGUACAACUUCACGCUGCAGCGUCAAUCCGAUACGCAUCGUGCCAUCGUGAUCAUACCGGCGCUAGUUAUCAUCAUACUGGCGCUCUCUGUGUUUUGGCUACCGUUGGAAUCGGGCGAACGGAUCAUCACCAACGGCAUCAUUGCGCUGAUGAUUACGAUCUACCUGGUUUACUUCGCCCAACAGCUACCGGCCAUUUCGGGCCACACGCCACUGAUUGUAAUCUUCUUCAGCAACACGCUACUGUUAACCGCGUUCAGCACGAUCAUCAGCGUGAUUGUGCUGAACGUUGCGAAGGGGAAGCACCAGCGAAGUCUGCCGAAUGUGCUGAAACGCUUGGCCGGAUGUGUCGGACCGUUCGUGGGCGUAGGAAAGAAGCACUUUAGCUUUAGCGACAAGGGUAACGUGACCAUCGAGAGCAGCGUCGAUCACGAGUGGAGUAAAUUCGGGCUGGUGCUGAAUCGCUUGUCGUUCAUUGUAUAUUGCAUUAUUUUCGUCAUUUGCGCGUUCUAUAGCUUCUAA